ACGGUGAAAGUGCCUGGCCAACCUCACCUCCUAGUAAAGACGUACAGAAAUCUGACCAGUGUGAAAGGCGAUCAACCACGAAGACAUAUGCAACUAAGAACUAUGAAUAUACUAGCAUUGAUCCUACACACUUCUCAAGUCUCAAACGUCUAUAUCGUGUGA